GAACAUUUCCGCCCCUCCGUUUAUAAAAAAAAACGUAUCCACACGACCCCGUUUCUGAAAAAAUUCCCUUCCACACAUAACCGAACAUCUGCGUUUUCAAUAAGCACUCCAGACCUGUAGAUGGCAUUAUUUCCCCAAAUCACAUAUAAUUAGCCCUCUGUUGACGUCACUUCCUCCUAAACAUCAAACAUGGCACCAAGCUCGUUUGUUUGGACAGAUUCGGAGACGGAAUUGCUUUUAAACACGAUUUUGGAGUACAAACUUCAAAAAACGCAAGAAAACAUUGACUGGGAAUCGUGUCAAAGCAAAUAUUUGGAUAUAUUGGCCCUGUUUUUGGAGCACUAUCCCGCAGAGAGUAGCAAUGAUUUCCCUCAUGAAAGGGGCGAGCUAACGCGGAGUAUCCUGACCACUAAAAUCAAGGCUGUGAGGAGUAAAUAUCGGUUGACUGUGGACAACGGACGCAGAAGCGGCUUUGGGAGAGUCGUUCUUCUCUACUUCGAGUUGUGUGAACAAAUAUGGGGUGGUUCCCCAGCAACGACAACCAUGUCGUCUGGCAUAGAGACGAAUGAUUUGAAUGAUGGCCCUCCUGUUCCCUCCCCUACUGAAUCCUCGUCCACCGUGGACCCAUCCGAUACCACUUCAGACACGGAGCAGGAGAGCAGUGUGACGUCAGUGAAGGAAAGAAGACACUUGUUGCAGGAAAGACUGAAUGGACAUCGGCACAGCCGAUUGAGAAGAAAGCUGCCUGCGGAGAACCAGUGGCUUAAUGCAGUGGAGGAGGACCAGCGUGUUAAGAAGAGACUGGUAGAGUUUUUGGAGACGUCAGAGAAGCAAGCUUCCGAUAACUUCGCUAGACUUUCAGAGACACUUAACAUGUUGACUACAACCGUGUCAGAAGGUUUUAGUGUCCUUAGACAAGUCAUUCAGCCUCCACCCCCUCAGCCAUCACACUACAUGCCAUACGGAGUAAGAGGGCACAUGUCACACUCCCCAUAUACACAAUCGGCACAUCCCAAUCAAGCUUUUCAGUCAUUAUCAAACAACCCACCUCUUGUCAGAGGAACACAGCAGAAUGCAGGUAGCACACAAGAUGCUGCUCAUGCCAGCCCAACUGCUGACACACGGCUCACAGGGUUUUCUUACACUCAAGCUCUUUUCAGUGAUGAGUAUUGAUCAUAUUUUAUAUUUUCUUGUGAACAUGUUCAUCACAUGUUCUUGUGAUGAAUAUGAAGUUUACAGUUGGUUACAGGAGCUCAAUUUAAGUUACUUUUUUGCAUUUAAGAUGCAAAGUUCUAUUCUGUAGCAUGGUUUUAAAGGCAUUGUUCUUUGCUGUUUCUAAGCGUACCAAGUAUGACACAAGGCAAUAUUGAUUUUCUACAUUUGUAUUUCUGCAGCAAUGCUGAUGGCAGCAGCUCUCAUACUGUACAUACAAUAUGUGAAGUAAUAUCAGCCACAGAGAGAAAUGAAACGGGUCAUAAAAAGAAAAGAUUGUGAGGAACGAAGGGAAACAUCCUUCAACAGAAUUUUCAGUUUACUUUCAUUGGAAUAUUAAGCUCUUAUUUGCUUUAUGUAAAGAGUAAUUUUGCACACCAAAAGUUCAGUGACAAGUGCAAUAUUUGUUUUGACAAGUGCAAUUUUUUUUUCAAAACUAGGAUUUCUAUUUUCAAGAAAUGUGUGCACAACCGUGCAAAAUGUGAACAUAUGAGGUGCUGUUAUCAAGAAUAAAAGAAAAAUUAUGCCACUUGGCAGUUAAACAGC